GUACAAGUGCGGCAUGGCAAAGGGAGCGCUGGCGCUUGGGAUGGUGGGGAUGGUGAUCGGAGCAUGUGCUCCUUGUGCCGACGCGUUUCAUCAUCAUGCAGGGUUAUGGACUUCGACCUCUCCUUGCUCGAUGCAGCGACAGACGUUCUUUGUUGGUCUGAGCGCCCGCGGGAAACUGCAGCGAACCGGCACAGUGGGAUUGAGAGCAGGCGGCGAGCCCGAGGGGGAGGAGGAGGGAAGGAGAUCAGAGGACGAUGCAUGGAAGAACGCAAAGAGCUACGACUCGGGAGUCAAGAAGGGUUCAUUCGAGGACGUGCCAACACCAAUCUACACCAGAGAAGAACGUGUGAAGGAUGCUCAAGGUUGGCUGAAUGGCAGGAGCCUCUUCGACAAGAGCACGGGAUCGCAACGGCCCAUGGAUCCAAUCCGGCAGCAGGAGUGGGACUCGGUGAACCUGUUUGCCAACGAGAACUCUUUCAAGGCUGGUUUCGUUGGCAUCCUCCUCCUCGCAGCCUUCUACGUGUCCGUCUAUAACUCAGGAGGGAUCGAUGGAUCCCAGAGAGUUUAUGAGGGAGCAGAGGAGGGUUGCGUGCUAGAGUCGAAUCCUGCCUGUCGUUACUGAGCAGCUGAGAGCAUCAGUGAGAACUGAACUAAAGUUGCAUUUCGCUCAAAGCUUUGGAAUGUGAUGAGGCCUGAAAGAUGAAUGUGCUCGAUCCUUUG